AUGUUAUCAUUAGCAUCAAGAAGUUUAUCAAAUUUAUCAAUAAACAGCUCGACAAGUUUAGAAACAGAUAUAAAUUCGAUAAAAUAUAUUAUUUUACUCUCAUUUCUAAUUGUAUCAUUAGUUUUAUCAUUAUUCAUUUUCUAUCAUACUCUUAUAACUCCUGCAGCUCGAAAAUUGAAUUGUCACAUUAUUAUUAUAUUAUUAUGUCUUAAUUUUCUACAAACAUCAACUGAUUUACCAAUAUUAAUUGGUAUCUUUCAUACUGGCUAUCUUCGACCAGCAUCAAGUGCUUUUUGUACAUUUUGGGUUUGGUAUGAUUUUUCUCUUAAUGCUAUGAGUAUUUGUUUAAUGGCAUUUGCAUCAAUUGAACGACAUAUUAUUGUAUUUAAAUGGAAGUUUUUUCAAAAUCAAAUGAAACGAUAUAUAUUUCAUUAUUUACCUAUAAUUAUUAUAUUAUGUUGGAUACCAUUAUUUUAUAUCGUUGCUGUUGUUAUUAGUCCAACAUGUCAACAAAAUUGGUCUUAUAAUUUAAUCUCUUGUGGUCAACCAUGUUAUGUACUUUAUGACAAAUAUUUAAGUGGAUUUGAUUUUAUUUUUCAUCUUUUAAUUUCCAUUUUCAUCAUUGCAAUAAGUAAUAUUACACUUUGUAUUCGUAUUAUUUAUCAAAAACGAAAAAUCCAACAUGCUGCAGAUCAACGACGUCAACAAAAAAUGGCUAUUCAAUUAAUCAGUAUUGCUAUUUUAUACAUAGCUGGUUGGUUUCCAUCAAUCAUAAUUCAACUUAUUCAAUUAUAUUUUGAUCCAUCUUUUCUUGCUCAUCAACUUGAAUCUAUUCUGUUUUCUAUCUAUUUUGUUCCACUUCUUUUACCUGCUAUAUGUCUACGCAUAGUUCCACAAUUAACAAAACGAUUUUCUACUAUUAUUGGCAGAAAACUUUAA